UUUUUUUUUGAAUGUGGUCCGUGUUUUUUUUUUCUGUGUACCAAUUCCUUCUAGAUACAUAUAUCAAAUUCUUUAUGAUUGUCACUCUUACUUAUCUCCUAAUCAACUCCCUUUUUCCAAAAGAAAAGUAUCACUCUUAUAUACCAUCAACAACAAACGAACCCAAUACACAAUUCAACAAUGAUAGAACAAGCAGUACACCUGUCAGUACUAAUACUGGUGUCUCUUCAACAAUAGCAUUCUCUGAACCUUUGGACACACUCUAUGAAUUACAAGAAUCAGUCAACCCAUCUACACUUGAUACCGAUCUCGAGGCAACAAACACCAAAUUGGAUUUCUCAUCAAGAACACCACUCAAUAUUGCACCAUCACCCAAACCGUCAAGCUCAACACCUCCUACUUAUCCUCGUCAUUGUCCUUCGCGUUCUUCACCUUCAACUGCUCUCGAUUAUUCUCUCGUCACAGCAGAUACUCCACCCUUGACUUUAUCACCAUCACUGUCCACCACUUCAACUACUUCUUCCAUUCAAGAUCCUCCUUUGUCAGUCCCUAGUCUGUCUUCUUUUAAUUCAAAACGACGCUCAUCUCGAGUAGGACUUUUGAUACAGCAGUUUGAAAUCGGUCGAUUAGAAGAUUCUUCUUUGUCCUCCUCAUUUCUUACACCCACUAUUUCGAGAUCUACAACGACAACAACAAAUCGUACUAGAAGGGGGACUAUUGGCGCAUGCACGACAUCAACAGGAGAAAAUGUAAAGGAAUGGAUCAACAUCAAUGCAGAACAAAGCAAAUAUAAUAACAAAGACGGUGAUGAUGCCAACAAUGCCAAUAAAAUCAACAAGAGGAGUAAACCUAGAGAUAUCAAUACGGAUCUACCCAAAUCAAAGAUCUCAUCAUACAGUAGCAAUAAUCGAUCAACACCAUCUUCCAUCUAUUCACCUGUGGUGUGUCAUUCUCCCAGUGGAUCUACAACGCCAACCAGCACGCGUUCUGUUGACUAUCGCUCUAUUGGAUUUCGACCUGCAUUUACUAGUUGGGAAAAAAGAAUUGCUGAGGGAAAUUCAGUGCUAGUGCCAUUACCUUCUGUAUCAACCCCUGUUUGGUCAAGUACUCGUCGUCAUCUUCAGUGAUCUUUCCAAAUUUUUUACUAUACCCUAAUUUUAUAGUUUAAAAUACGCUUUUAUUUUUUUGAUACCGUUUCUUCCAUCAAGGCCGGCCUUUUUUCUUCUUUUUUUUU